AGUUGAGUACUGCGUAAAUAACACGGGCUGCCUAGUGAUUUAGCCGUAAAUCCCCCGGAUUGCAAUGUACUGCCCCACCACAUAAGAUUUCCAGCGUGCUUACUAGAAGAUCCUAAAAGCAUGUCCCACACAGCCGCGGCUUGAUGUCAUUAUUUAACUUCAACGCUCUAGGUAGUCAAAGCGCGUGGGUUAAAUUCUGAAAACCAAAACACCAACCGUUCAUCAUCAUCGUCAACAUUUCUAGACUUAGCCCUAGUCCAAUCAUGGGUUCCAUUGUUCUACCACAUUUGAACACCGGCUGGCAUGUCGACCAAGCCAUCCUCUCGGAAACCGAGCGCGUUGUCGCGAUUCGUUUCGGCCGCGAUCAUGACCCCGAAUGCAUGCGACAAGACGAGGUCCUAUACCGCAUCGCAGAUAGAGUAAAGAACUUUUGCGUCAUCUAUGUCUGCGACAUCGACCAAGUACCCGACUUCAACCAGAUGUAUGAAUUGUAUGACCCUUGCACUAUCAUGUUUUUCUACCGAAACAAGCACAUGCUAUGCGAUUACGGCACGGGAAAUAACAAUAAGCUCAACUUUGUCCUCGAAGACAAGCAAGAGCUAAUUGAUAUCAUCGAGACGGUCUAUAAGGGCGCUAAGAAAGGUCGCGGUCUGGUCGUCAGUCCAAAAGACUAUUCUACACGCUACCGAUACUAGUGGCAACAGGAGACGUUACUAUGCUCCGGCAUGAGUUUUCAUUGAGCACCUUACUCGUGAGGAAUCUGCCAGCCAGUCUCAGGCUUGGCAGAUAUAGGAGUUACUAGGAAACAUUACAUGGUAUGUAAUAUAGCUGGGGACACUUUAAGCAAUGACAGAGCUAAUAGCGUUUCCCUCCAUAUUCAGAGCUAUUUGAUUUGUAUUCUCUAAAUUCUACUGUAAGUUGGCAUGGAAUUCUAUAAAGCUAAUUUAGGGAACAUAAGGACGUCGUAGAAUGAUUUGAACCGAACAUGGAUAUACACUACCUAACAACCUGGAGCCUCGCAAAUAUUGCCCAAACGUACCUAUAUAUGAAUACGUAGCUACCUACGUUUUGUAAAGGCUUAGCAGUUGAGAAUGGCAAUGCAAUGUGUGGCUUGACAAGGACUGUUAGCCCAUAUAGUAUCAUUCAGCCAUUCAGAUGAAUACAUAUAUCAUCGAUGAAGAAGGCGUACGUACGUAAGCUGUGUGGCAUUGGGGGUUCCAUAAUUAGAAUGGUAAAGAAGCACAAACCCAGUCAAGAACCCUUGAAGAGCCCCUGGAAUGUACGUACCACGGGUACCUUAGUCCGCUGAACUUUAGCACAGCCUCUUGUUAGUAGGCUGUAGCUACUACACUAAGCAUCC